CAAGCUAUCAACUUCAAUCAAUCAACGCAUACACAACCCCCAGGACCAAACCCCAUAUUUCAUAAACAGUACCCAACAGGGUACCCUCUCCCGCAAUCACCAUGAGCAACAACAAGCAAUCCUCCUCCGCCUACGGCACGCCCUCCUCGGACACCGCAUUCCGUAAAACCUGGGACCGCGAAGAAUACGCCAAAAAAGCCGCCGAUGACGAAGCCAAGCGCAAGGAAGAAUCCAAAGCCCGGUAUGAGGCCAAACUUCUAGGCAAGAAAUGGCACGCGCCGGUGGAUUACAGCCAACUCGAAGCCACGACAUCGCGCAAAGAGCGACUCGAUGUCACUUCGAUGGUCGGCAAGACGACUAUUGUCGCGUCGGGGUCAGCGAUCGGAAAGAGAGGUCGGGGUGCUGGAUUCUACUGCUCAGACUGUGAUUUGACGUUUAAGGAUAACUUGCAGCUUGUGGAGCAUUUGAAUAGCAAGCAGCAUUUGAUUGCAACGGGGCAGAGCGGGGAGGUUACGAGGGCUACAGUGGAGGAUGUGAGGGAGAGGUUGAGGAUGUUGGCGUAUCGGAAGCGGGUGCGCGAGGAGGAAGAGAGACGGGCUUGGCAGUUGGAUCUGGGGGAGAGGCUGAAGGAGCGGGAGGAGCAGGAUGCUAAGGAGAGGGAGGAGAAGAGGAGGAAGAGGAAUGAGAAGCGUCGUAAGGGGGGCGAUGGGAUUAAGCAGGAGGAUGAGAGCUGGGAGGGCAGGUUGGGGAUUAUUGCGUAAGCUCAUGUGGAUGAGCUUGGGCAUGUGCAUGGUCUGUUUCGGAAAACAUGGUCAUAGAUGGGAUGGUUUAUCAGGGCUGAAAGCUGCAGUAUACCCAUGGCGUUUGGAGCUUGAGAAUUCAUUAAUCGCAAAUUUCCGUUUUAUCCAAACAAGGGAGAAUAUCAUUGU